CAUUUAUAAUGCCUGAACCUCUCACAUGGGCUUUUCGUACAUUUGUUCGUUUCUGAAAAUUUUACGGACUUAUAUUUUGUCUUUCAUUUACUUGCACGCACUAAAAAGCUUGAUACAGAACAUAGAGGCAAAUCUGAUGCCAGUUUGAUCAUAUUCAAGUUUUUGGUGUUGAUUAAGAGACUUGAUCUGGAUAUUUUAAUAAGUGGAAUUUUAAUCAUUUAGUUUGAAAAACGAUGCAAAAUAAGCUAUGGCUUGCACUGGUAAUAAUCUACUGGGGUUGAAGGAUUUCCCCAAGGGUCUUCGAGUCCUCCUCCUUGACGACGACAAGGAUUCUGCCCUGGAGAUGAGAUCAAAGCUCGAGGAAAUGGAAUACGUAGUUUUCACUUUCUGCAAUGAGAGAGAAGCUUUGUCAGCAAUUGCGAACAAAACUGAGAGCUUCCAUGUUGCUAUCGUAGAGGUAAGUUCCAGCAACAAGGAUGGGGUAUAUAAAUUUCUUGAGAAUUCCAGAGACUUGCCCACCAUAACCACUUCAAACAUCCAGUGUCUCAGCACCAUGAUGAGAUGUAUUUCGCUUGGCGCUGUUGAGUUCCUUCACAGACCUCUGUCGGAUGAAAAAAUCAGAAAUAUAUGGCAGCAUGUAGUUCAUAAGGCAUUCAAUGCAGGAGGAAAAAAUGUCUCUGAUUCACUGAAGCCUGUCAAAGAAUCUGUUGUUUCCAUGCUGCGGCGCCAAACAGACAAGGAUGAACCGGAUAAACUAACAUCCAUUGAUACACAGUACUCGACUCCUGUGCUAGAGACAAAGCAGGAAGCAUCGUCAAACAGUGACAAAUACCAAGCUCCUUCGACCCCACAGCUGAAACAUGGAACUAGGUCCCUGGAUGAUGGUGAUUGUCUGGAUCCAACUACCUUAUCUGUGGAAGGGGAAAGUGGGGAACAAGAUGGGGAAUCCAAAUCUGUCGACACAACUUGUUGCAAUUCAGUUGCUGAAACAGCGAACCAAACAGUCCAACUUCAACCAUUGGGACAGGCUGCCAUUAAGGAGGAGCAUGAAUCAGCUGAUGCUAUUUUGAGUGCAUCCAAAUGUUUGCCUCGUUCCCUAAAUAAAAACUGCUCCAAUAAUUGUCAUGGUGAUGCUUCUGAGCCGAAUAAAGCAUCAACAAUUCGUGAUUCAUGUGGGACUAAGGCAAAUAAGAAGUCAAAGGUAGACUGGACACCUGAACUACACAAAAAGUUUGUACAAGCAGUAGAGCAACUUGGUGUGGAUCAGGCCAUCCCUUCUCGGAUAUUAGAAAUAAUGAAAGUAGAAGGUUUAACCAGACAUAACAUAGCAAGCCAUCUCCAAAAAUACAGAAUGCACCAGAGGCACAUUUUGCCGAAGGAAGAUGACCGGAGAUGGCCUCAUCCUAGAGAUUCAUCACGAAGAAGUCAUUAUCUGCAGAACCCCGUCAUGGCUUUUCCACAAUAUCAUUCUAAUUAUGUCCACCCUUCUGGUCACGUCUAUCCUGCUUGGAUGCUACCUGGAAGUUAUCCAAGCCCUGUCCAGAUGUGGGGUUCACCUUACUAUUCUGGAUGGCAACCUACGGAAAGUUGUCAUUGGAAACCUUAUUCUGGGAUGCAUGCUGAUGCCUGGGGAUGCCCUGUGAUGCCAUCGCCUCAUGGAUCGUGUCUGCCUUUUCAUCAAAAUGCAAAUGGGUUUCAGAAUGCCAAUGAAAUGCAUAAUAGAGUUGGUGUGCCUUCAUUUGAUAUAUAUCCGGCAGAGGAGAUGAUUGACAAAGUUGUUAAAGAGGCAAUUAGUAAGCCUUGGCUGCCCCUUCCGUUAGGCCUAAAACCUCCAUCAACUGAGACUGUCAUCAAUGAGCUCUCCAAAAAUGGCAUAAACCCCAUCCCUUCUCACAUCAAUGGCUCACAUUUAUGUUAACGUGGCUCAAUCUUGUGUCAUUGGUCCACCACUCCUCCUGAUGCCCGUGAACAGACCAACCAGUCAGAUACAAGUUUGAGAAACAGGACAUGUACAGAGAUCCCCUGUAGUUCUGCUUUUCUUCACAUAUGGUGGAAAACGAGCCACGUCCAAUGGAAACCAAAUUGCGGUUGUAAGUAAGUUUUUAAAUAGAGAAUCUAAGAAUCAUGUGUUUGUCGUAUUACAACAUUGGAUUUUGCCGUGAUUGGGUGCUCCAUUUUGUGCUGUUGACACCCUUUUGGUGAAUAAUGUUUGGCAUAAUUUUGGGCAUUGUGGGCCUGCGAUAUAAUGAAUGGACCUCUGAAUAAAAUGACACCUUUUCUGAAUCUGGGAUAAAGGGCUUUGCUUA